AAGAAAAGGCAGAAAACAAAACAAGUUCAUCAUGUGCAGCUUGGUCUGACUACACCCCCUUUCAGAAAGCAGCCUGGGUAAGACACCCAUCUAAGGAAUAAAUGAAGAAGUAGCAAUAAGGAAAUUUUAAUUGUUCCUGUACACAAAAAGAGAACUGUGCGUUGACAGUGUUUCCAGAGUACUUUCCUAAUUUUUCUGACAGCUAAAUGCAUAUGAAACAGAAAAGUGUGUAUCAGCAAACUCAAGCACUUCUGUACAAGAAUUUUCUUCAGAAAUGGAGAAUGAAAAGAGAGAGUUUAUUGGAAUGGGCACUCCCAAUACUUCUAGGGCUGUACAUGGGACUAUUUUCACAUUUCAGAGAAAAUAUGUAUUUUCCUGAAUUGUCUCCUCAAGAUCUGGGAAGGGCAGAUCAUAUUAAUAACUCUAUAGCUAUUGUAUACACACCUGUCUCUGAUCUAACCCAGGAGGUAAUGAAUAAAACAGCAUUUGCACUUUUGAAAGAAAGAAGGAUCAUUGGAGUACCGAACCAAAAAUCCAUGGAUAAAAUACUUCUAGACAAUAUCACAGGCAUCGCGGGAAUUGUCUUCAAUGACACUUUCUCUUAUAAGUUAAAAUUUUUUCAGGGAUAUUACAUUCCAUUUUUGAAGGAAGAUCUUUUCGCAGCUCAUUGCUGGAAUCUGGAUGAUGAUGAGCAUUCCUGUUCUCUGUCCAAAUACUGGAGUAGUGGAUUUGUGGCUUUACAAGCCGCAAUUAAUGCUGCUAUUAUACAGAUCACAACAAAUCAUUCUGUGGUGGAAGAGUUGAUGUCAAUUACUGCUGUAAAUAUGAAGACUUUACCUUUUAUGUAUAAAGACGUUCUUCAAAAGGAGCUGUUUAUUUUCUACUGCCUGCUUUACUUUUUCCCGUUUAUAUAUUUUGUAUCACUCAAUGUUACAAAAGAGAGAAAAAAGUGCAAGGAUUUUAUGAAAAUAAUGGGUCUGCAAGAAUCAGCCUUCUGGCUCUCCUGCAGCUUAAUCUAUGCUACCUUCAUCUUCAUUAUUUCCAUAAUGAUUACAGUUAUUAUAACAUCUACCCAAAUUAUAGUCAUGACGGGCUUCAUGGUCAUAUUUACACUCUUUUUCUUAUAUGGCUUAUCUUUGAUUGCUCUAACGUUCCUGAUGAGUGUGUUGUUAAAGAAAACUCUCCUCACCAAUUUGGUUAUGUUUCUCCUCAAUAUCUUUUGUGGGGGUGUGGGAUUCACUGUGUAUUAUAGACAACUUCCUUCCUCUCUGGAGUGGAUUUUGAGUUUUUGUAGCCCUUUUGCCUUCACUGCUGGAAUGAGUAAGAUUAUCUACUUGGAUAAUACUAUGAAUGGUAUAAUUUUUCCUGACCUUUCAGGAGACUCGUAUGUAAUGAUCGCAACUUUUUCCAUUUUGGCUUUUGAUGCACUUUUCUACUUGGCAUUGGCAUUAUACUUUGACAAAAUCUUACCCUAUGGGGAUGAGCGCCAUUAUUCUCCAUUAUUUUUCCUGAACUCAUCUUGUUUCCGACACCAGAGGACUAAUAAUGUCAUUGAGAAAGAAAUAGAGUCUGAGCCUCCUUCUGAGGACUGUUUUGAACCGGUAGCUCCAGAAUUCCAAGGAAAAGAAGCCAUCAGAAUCAGAAAUGUUAAAAAAGAAUAUACCAGCAAGUCUGGGAAAAUAGAAGCAUUGAAAGACUUGCUCUUUGACAUAUAUGAAGGUCAAAUCACAGCAAUUCUGGGUCAUAGCGGAGCUGGCAAAUCUUCAUUGCUAAACAUCCUUAAUGGGUUGUCUGUUCCUACAGAAGGAUCAGUUAUCAUCUAUAAUAAAAAUCUCUCUGAAAUGCAAGACUUGGAGGAAAUCAGAAAGAUAACUGGUGUUUGUCCUCAAUUCAAUGUUCAAUUUGACAUACUCACUGUGAAGGAAAACCUCAGGCUGUUUGCUAAAAUAAAAGGGAUUCAGCCACAGGAGGUGGAACAAGAGGUACAAAGAAUUUUAUUAGAAUUGAACAUACAAAACAUUCAGGAUAACCUUGCUAAACAUUUAAGUGAAGGACAGAAAAGAAAGCUGACUUUUGGGAUUGCCAUUUUAGGAGAUCCUCAAAUUUUGCUAUUAGAUGAACCAACUGCUGGGUUGGAUCCCUUUUCAAGGCAUCGAGUGUGGAGUUUCCUCAAGGAACACAAAGCAGGCCGUGUAAUCCUCUUGAGUACCAAUCUCAUGGACGAAGCUGACAUCCUGGCUGAUAGAAAAGUGAUCAUGUCCAAUGGGAGACUGAAGUGUGCAGGGUCUUCUGUCUUUUUAAAGAGAAGAUGGGGUCUUGGAUAUCACUUAAGCUUGUACAGAAAUGAAGUAUGUGAUCCAGAAAAAAUAACAUCCUUCAUUAAUCAUUACAUCCCUGAUGCUAAAUUAAAAACAGAAAACAAAGAAAAGCUUGUGUAUACUUUGCCCAUGGAAAGGACAAAUAAAUUUCCAGACCUUUUCAGUGAGCUUGAUAAGUGUUCUGGCCAGGGUGUGACGAGUUAUGACAUUUCCAUGUCAACUCUGAAUGACGUCUUCAUGAAACUGGAAGGAAAAUCAACUAUUGGACAAGAUUUUGAACAAGCAGAGAUAAGAGGCACAGAAAACCUACACGAAAUAGAGCCAGCUUGCCCUUCUUUCCCUGAAAUGCAGAAGGCUGCGAGUGACAUGGGCCUCUGGAAAAUGCAGAUCCGCGCAAUAGCAUGGCUCCGUUUCUUAAAGUUAAAGCGUGGAAAGAAAGACCUUUUGAUUCUACUCUUGGUAUUUGGGAUUGCAAUGUUCCCUUUGAUUGUGGAAAAGAUAAUUUAUGCCCUAUUAAUUCAAAAGAGUGAUUGGGAAUUUAAAUCUGAACUGUAUUUCCUCUCUCCUGGACAACCUCCAGAAGACCCCCGUACCAGCCUGUUGAUCAUCAAUAACACAGGAUCAAAUAUUGAAGAUUUUAUACAGUCGGUGAAGCAUCAAAACAUACUUCUGGAAGUAGAUGAUUUUGCAAACAGAAACGGCACUGAUGACCUGUCAUACAAUGGAGCUAUCGUAGUUUCUGGCAAACAAAAGGAUUACAGAUUUUCAGUUGCUUGCAAUACUUUGAGACUGCACUGUUUUCCUAUUCUUGUGAAUAUUAUUAGCAAUGGGUUACUUCGAAUGUUUAAUUGCACACAAAAUAUUCGAAUUGAGAGAAGCCCAUAUCCUUUUAACUUUAUGAUCUACUGGACUGGACUGCCAGAAGGUUCUAUGUUUUUGUUUUGGGUUGUGUGCAGCAUUUCACCUUACAUCUCCAUGAGCAGUAUCAGCGAUUACAAAAAGAGAGCUAAGUCCCAGCUGUGGAUUUCAGGCCUCUACCCUUCUGCCUACUGGUGUGGGCAGGCACUAGUGGAUAUCAGCUUCUUCGUUUUCCUUCUCCUUUUGAUGUAUUUAAUUUUUUACAUAGCCAACAUAACAGAGAUUUAUAUCACAAGUCGAAUUGUGUUCAGUCUGGUUGUAUUUGGGCUCGGUUAUGCAACAUCACUUGUCUUCUUGACAUAUGUGAUAUCAUUUAUUUCUCGCAAGUGGAAAAAAAAUAGUGGCCUUUGGUCAUUUUGCUUCUAUAUCACCUCAAUCAUUAUGUUUGACAUUAUGCUGCUUCAUUUCAACUUGCCUACCUUGAUUUCUAGCAUGGUAUUUGUUCCCUCAACUACCAUGGGUGGAUUUCUAGCCUUUCUGGCACAGAGAGCUUACGAGCACCAACCAAAAUACCCAGACCACAAAUAUGACCCGAGUGGAGUUGAUCUUCUAGUAUGCCUAAUACCUUACUUGCAGGCUUUGUUAUUUGUUUUUAUCCUAAGAUGCAUGGAGACAAAAUGUGGAAAGAAAAUAAUGCGAAAGGAUCCUGUUUUCAGAAUUUCCCCCCAAAGUAGAGGUGCUCGACCUAAACCUGAAGAACCUGUCGAUGAGGAUGAAGAUGUUAAAGCAGAAAGGCAAAGAGCAGCAACUGCCCUGACCACUUUGCAGGCAGGCGAGAAACCUGUCAUAAUUGCCAGCUGUCUGCACAAAGAGUACGCAGGUCAGAAGAAAAGUUGCUUCUCAAAGAGGAGGAAGAAAAUAGCAGCAAGAAAUAUCUCCUUCUGUGUUAAAAAAGGUGAAAUUUUGGGAUUGUUAGGACCUAACGGUGCUGGUAAAAGCUCAUCUAUUAGAAUGAUUUCUGGGAUCACGAAGCCAACAGCUGGAGAGGUAGAACUGAAAGGUUGUGGUUUGGUUUGGGAUCAUCAGGGAGACAACACAGUCAGCUUACCGGGAUACUGUCCUCAGGAGAAUGUGCUCUGGCCCAGCCUGACAAUGAGGGAACAUCUGGAAAUCUUUGCCGCCAUCAAAGGGCUGAGGAAAGGGGACGCCACAAUUGCCAUUUCACGAUUGGUGGAUACUUUCAAACUGCAUGGACAGCUAGAUGUUCAGACGCAGAAAUUAACGGCAGGAGCCGCCAGAAAGUUGUGUUUUGUGCUGAGCGUCCUGGGAAAUUCGCCUGUCCUGCUCCUGGAUGAACCCUCGACAGGCAUGGACCCAGCAGGGCAGCAGCAAAUGUGGCAGGUGAUCCAGGCAGCCAUUAAAAACACAGAGAAAGGAGCGCUCCUGACCACCCAUUACCUGGCCGAAGCUGAGGCCAUAUGUGACCGCAUCGCUAUCAUGGUGUCUGGAAGGUUGAGGUGCAUCGGCUCCAUCCAACACCUAAAAGACAAACUCGGCAAGGAUUACAUUCUAGAACUGAGAGUGAAGGAAGCUGCCCAAGUCACCUGUGUUCAUACCGAGAUUCUGAAGCUUUUCCCACAGGUUGCACCACAGGAAAGGUACUUCUCCUUCUUGAUCUAUAAACUACCUCUGGCGGAUGUCUACCCUCUAUCUCAGACCUUCCGCAAAUUAGAGGCAGUGAAACAUAACUUUAACCUGGAAGAGUACAGCCUCUCUCAGUGCACACUGGAAAAGGUAUUCUUAGAGCUUUCUAAGGAGCAGGAGCUGGGAAAUUUUGAAGAAGAAAUUGAUACAACCAUGAGAUUGGAACUCCUCUCUCCUUCAGAUGACUUUUAAAAGCUCAAGCCUGUUAAUACUUUGUGUCAUAUAAGCUUAUGUUCUAUGUAAUAAUUGGCAGUAUGUAUAAUUUUAAAAAUCACUAACAUCAAUAUCAGGGUAUAUUUUGUACAUUUGGUUAACAAAUGAAUACGUGUCAGAAUUAUUCCUCCCCUUAAAUUUAGGAAUGAUAGAAAAUCUGUGAUAAAGGCAAUAUAAAGUAUUAAUAAAUUUACCUGAAGACCAGGUAGCAGGUAUUGUGGAAAUAAAA